AUGGUAUUUGCGAUCUUCAUUGUUGAGCAUGACGUCAUGUUGCUUGAGGUCUCCCGCGGAGAUGUGCUGACUCGGUUCCAAACAGAAGACCACCUGAUGAUCCACAGACACAAGCAUGAGAUGACCCUCAAGUUCUCCUCCAUCAAGACUGAUCCCCUCGCAGACCAGACCCCAACGCCGACCCGUUUCCUGCGUAACUGUGAGGAGGUGGGUCUCUUCAAUGAGAUCGAACAGGAGUUCCGCCAGGCACAGGAGGAGCAGAACAACAAACAGGUCGUACACUCAACUUAUGAUGGAAAGACAGAUGUCUAUGGGAUCCAGUAUGAUGAGCGUCCAAGGUCCCCUCCACAACACUUCCUGCUCUUCACCUCAGGUACCGACCAAUCAGAAUACCUUUUCAUGGUACCCACCAAUGAAGUCAUCCCAGCAGACACAUUCCCUGCAUGCAGCCAGGCGGCUGGAGGACGUCGCAGGAGUCUGUGGACCAGACCAGACGAGCGCAGGCAGAAAGUUCCUGGAACGCAACCGAGCUGCGGCCACGCGAUGAGACAGAAGAGGAAGUCUGGGUGUCUGCUCUGGAGAAGAAGGCAGAAGCUGACGCACAACAACAUGCAGCUGCAGAAUGAGGUGACCACUCUGAGGUCAGAGGUUGGCCAGCUGAAGCAGAUCCUGUUGACUCAUAAAGACUGUCUGGUUACCGCCCGCCAGAGAGAAUCACAGGGGUACCUCAGUCCAGGGAGUUCGACAGGAAGUCCGUCCCCCCUGUGUCCCGGGUUGCAGCGGCAGGCCAUCCAAUCCAACAGCAUCUCCACCUCCUCAGCCUCCUCAGAUUAAAAAUGAAAGCAUGGAUGGCUGAAUUUCAUUAGUUCACAAGAGUUGGAUCCAGGGUUGCCCAUGCACACAAACAGGGUUUAAUCCCUGGAUCCAGGGUUGCCCAUGCACACAAACAGGGUUUAAUCCCUGGUUCCAAGGGGUUGAAUCAGCUCUAGAAUCAGCUCACCCUUCCCAUAAUCAUUGGUGGGUGCAUCUCAGUAGUCUAAAAUGGCUCCCUCUCCUGGUCUGCUAGCCUCAAUGGACACAGGUAUGACAGAACUGGACUGACUGGUCUGGUUGCACAUUUACAGUGACUCUCCCGAAACUCCCGAAAUCCCGGUUGGCUCCUGAUUUCUGUAAAACCUGUGAAUUUUGGUGAAGUUACAGAAAUGUUGCAACCCUAGUCUAUGUCUCUCCAACACUGUGAUGAUAGUCACCUGUAAAUUGGAUCAUAUUGUGUCUUUGGGAAUCUCAGUCAAUCUAUGUGUCUCUGUUAGUGUGAAAUCAGAAAUCCAAGUACUGCUCUAUCUAUUCUAGGACUGUUCCAACAUGGGCUGUGUGUGCAAGCAUACCUGUAAUUAUGUCCUUUAGGUUCAAGUGGUGACUGCAUACAGUUUUGUUUAUGGUCCCACAUGGGAGUCAACCCCACAACCCUGGCAUUGCAAGCACCAUGCUGUACCAACUGAGCCACACGGGACUUCAUCGCGUCACCUUUUUCUCAGAAUGUGACAUAGUUAGGUUUUGGUUAGGUCUUGGUUAGGUCUUGGUUAGGUCUUGGUUAGGUUUU